AGUUUUAGUUGAGUGACGAGUCUCCGCGGGAGAGCACUGUGCAAUGCGCGAGUGCGUUGUCGACUCUGAUGUGGGCCGAAUUAUCAGCGUUUUCUCGAGGUUCCCAUCUGUGACUAUAGUCGUUUCUUCUUUCGCGUGGUGAUAAACUUAGUGGUUGUUAUUCAAAGUGUCGUGUGAUUUCUCGUACGAUGGAAAGUAGCGAAUGCAAUGUUACGUCUGAAAGUACUCAAAACGUCAGUGAUGAAAAUAGCGCUUCCGACUCAGGGUGUGGCUGUAGUUCAAUCACGAUAUCAGUCUCUCCCACGACUGGGGGACAGUUCGAUUUAGCCGUCACUAAAAAUGACACCAUCGAAAAUAUCAAAAGAGUUAUCUCAAAGCGACUGAAAGUGUCGAAGGAAAGGAUAUGCUUGCUGUAUAGAGAAAGACAACUACGAAAUGGCACUGUCCAUGAGAAUCAAUUAGUCGAAGGAAGUCGCUUAACCCUAUUGCCUAGCGUCGAAACCGGUUUACUGACGCAGCGACCAGAACAAAGCGUCAUGCAAGCUUUAGAAAGUUUAAACGACUCACAGGUAAACGACUUCUUGUCGGGGAAAGCUCCAUUGAACCUAACGAUGCGUUUAGGCGAUCAUAUGAUGCUGAUCCAACUACAACUGUCGACUGUCAUCCCUACCACCAGCUCCGGCACGAAGCGUUCCCUCUCAAAACCCAGCUCGAGCUCGGCCACUAAGAGCAUCAAACUCCACCACAAUAAAUCCACCAAACUGAUAUCGAUCGUGAACGAUGAAUCGCUGCUGAGUUCAUCGUCGAUCCUCGCCGCAGCCGGGACGAACCUAUCGACGUCGAUCGUGAAUCAACUUGCCAACCGAUCCUCCAGCAACUCGGGUGGCCUAACCGAGGUUACCGAACUCGUGGAUCCAGACGGAUUCGCCCCCUCUCCUGUCUCAACAGCGCAUUGCAAUCCUACGAGUGCUGAAAAGUCCCUGAGCAAGCGAAAUGUUGGUACCCGUGGCAGUAGUCAAAACGAAUCUAAUAGUAGUGUAAAAAUUAGUGAUAGUGAUAGUGGUAGCGUAAGUGACGCCAACAGUUUUUCUAGUAGAAGUAUAAGCAGUAUCUUGGCUGAGGCUCUCACUGAAUCGUUAAGUUCGUCGGUUUUGCAACCGUGCGUCUCUUGUCCAGUAUAUUCGGAUCCAUCCAUCUCACCUUCAUUCUCCGUUAGUUCCGAUGCUCGUUCGCCUGCCUCCCCGAUCAGUUGUCCCGAUGCGUCUACCUCGAACAUAAGCUCCCGCGGUUUUCCCAGUGAUGUCAGACCUAGCUCCCCAGGUUCGCUCCCCUCACCGUGCUCUUCGACCACGACGUCCCCGUCGUCGACUCCUACAAACCCUGCGUCCCCGGGGUCUUCGACUUCCUCCCCGUCAUCGUCUCCCUCUUUGACGUUGGCUUCAUCGUCGUCGUCGUCGUCGUCGUCAACUUCGUCUUCGUCUUCGUGCAGGUGUUAUCCCUCCUCCUCGUCCGCCGCUUCGCCGAGGCCCACACUGGACACUCGGGCUUUAGUUGAAGCCUCAAGGAAUCUAACGCAAACGCUAAAACAGCUGUCUUCAGAAGUUCUAACCUCGAAACCGGAUCCUGCGGCGGAGGUUACAAGUUCGCGCAGACGACAAGGAGCGAUUAUCGAAAGUAUGCACCACCAUGGAAAAGGUGUUUAUUCGGGAACAUUUUCAGGGACACUAAAUCCAGCUCUACAAGAUCGGUUUGGGCGGCCAAAAAGAGACAUUAGUACAAUCAUCCACAUCCUGAACGACCUGCUCUGUGCGACGCCGCAGUAUCGUGCCUCUCGGAGUAGCAGUUCUUCUUUCUCCUCUUGUGCCUCCCCUUCUGCUUCCGCAGAGCCAACGGCUGCUGUAGGCUCCCCUUCUGCCUAUGUCAAGACCUUUGCCCCCACCUCCACUCGCACAGAUUCCUCUAUCCCUUCAACAGUCAUCACAGACCCAACUGAUGCGCUGACUGAAUCCAUAGCUGAGUCACUGGAAAACCAAGCAACCCGAGGGAAAAUGGAACGUUUGAGAAUGAUUAUGGAAGAACGAAGAGAACGUAGAAAAGCUAGACGUUCAGCUCCUUACAACAAAAACAAUUCCUUAAAUCCGUUAGAUUCUGAUCAGCAGCAUACACAUUGGUCAGCUAAGUCAGAAACACAAAGUGUUCUACCCGACCCGGAUCCCACAUUACCCUUGGAAGGUGAAGCUCCCGUAUGUUCUGAAUUAUCACCAGAGCCUGUUGUUGCCUAGUUCCUUUCGUCAAGUCGAACAUUUGUUCCAGAUAUUUUCUUUAUUACCAACGCAAAAUGAUUACUUUACAUGUUCGGGAGGGAGUCUCGAUCAUGCUUCAUUGCUCUCAUUGUGAGGAAAAAAAGAGGAAGAAAGAAAAACUGAGUUGAAAUCAAUUGAUCCUCAUUUUAUUGUCAUGAAGUGCUCUCUUAAAUUAUGAUUAUUAUUUUCCCAAACUUUCUUCAAAGUUUCCAAGAAUGUGAUCCCAGGGUGAUAAAGGGUAAAGGUGAACUCAAGUUUAGCAUAGAGAAACUGAGCCACAAUGUAUUUGAACUAAGAAAAAGAGGUUAGAGGUUUAAUUCCUCCUCAAGGCUUUAUGUCAAAGAAGAAUGAUUUUAGAACCUUCUUUCACUUUCUAAGUAUACUUUCUUGAUCUCAAAUUCUAACAAAAGAAAAUAUAUAACUAGUUAAGCCCAAAACUACUUCUCAGCCACUUUACUUAAUGAUGUACUGAGCUUGAGAAAAGGAGAGAGGGCCUUCAUAACAAAACAAGAAGUGGUUCAUCAUGCUUAUUAAACGUUGACUUUUCCUUGAAAAGUAUUGCUCUUUUCAUUUUUUUAUUUUAUAGUAGGGUUUCUCUUUUUUGAAAGUGACGUGUUAACAUGUACUUGUUAGUGCCAAGUUAGUAUGACUACCAUCAGUUUAUCAUUGCCUCAGUCCUAUGAACAUGGGCUGGGAAGAAUGAAAUUCUUGAAAAAUAAACCAGUUUUCCAGCUAAAAUAAA